UCGCGGCUCGCUCGUUCUCACUCAUUCACUCUUGUAGUCGUAGUCGAGUUGUCUGGUCAAGUGUCGUUUCACCACAGGACGAGUUUGUAAAAUGCACACCGACGAUCAAUACUUGUAAAUAGAAUUUUAGUGACUUCAAGCUACUUUAAAAAAUUUUAAGCAACAAGCGUUACAGUGAUGGCGUUUUUGAGGGCUGUUAUUAGGUGUAGUGUGUCAAAGAAGUACGGCACCGGUGUCAGUAUUUAUAAUUUAACGCUUCAUGGUGGGAAAACGUCCAAAAUCCGAUUGUUUUUGCCUCUUCAAAAUUGCAAUCAGAUUGCAUUAAGAUCAUCAGCAGCUGGAGCAAUAAACAAUGUCGCCGAGAAAAAUACAUCUUUUGGCUCGAGACGUGAUCCUUUGGACACUGGAUUUUCCGACCCAAAGGCCGCGUUCAAGAGCAAAACUACUUGGGAAGUCUUGCGGGCUUACAUAGUUUAUCAGUUAUGUUCGGUCAAUUACCUCGUAGAACACAAUGCGCAGCUUAUGAAGUUCACAAAAGCGAUCCUGGGUGAAAAGCUGUUCACGAUGAUGAUGAAAGCUACCUUCUAUGGACACUUUGUCGCAGGAGAAGACCAGUACAAAAUAGUUCCAACUCUCAAAAGACUACAUUCGUUCGGUGUGAAACCCAUCCUCGACUACUCAGUAGAAGAGGAUAUCAGUCAAGAGGAGGCUGAAAAACGUGAAUUGGCUGCAAGUCAGUCUGAAAUUAAAACCUCUGAAGACCAGCCUUCCGAAGCAAAUAAAGGGACAAAUGACGAAGCGGCACAAAUCGGUGGUGAAAUGCCCCAGUUCAAUGUCAAUAAGACAUUUGCUGAUAGACGAUACAAAGUAUCCAGCGCAAGAACAUACUUCUACCUAAACGAAGCUAAUUGCGAACGAAACGUUGAAAUCUUUCAAGAUUGUUUACAUGCUGUGGCUGGUGCCACCUAUGGAACGGGUAUUACGGCUGUUAAACUGACGGCAUUGGGCAGGCCACAGCUUCUUCUCCAACUAUCAGAGGUGAUCUUGAGAGCUCGAAACUUUGUUUCUGAGCUAAUGGGAAGUCAAGGCAACGUUCUUGGACAUCACAUGACCGCCGAGAUCUUGGAGAAGAAGCUGUACGAUGCUGGCAUCAAAGAUACAUCCAAGUUCCUAGAGAAAGUCGUCACUGAUAGUGAAGGAGUCCUCCACUUAUUUCCAUGGAGUGGAAUCAUCAAUGAGAACUUUGAGCUGAGUGAUACCUUCCGAGUGCCAAGCAUAAAGGAAGGCCGAAUGGUUCGUCUUAUUUCCCAGCUCUCCAAGAAGGAAGAAGAAAUGUUCCGUAAUAUGGUUCGCCGAGUCAACACUUUAGUCAAGACUGCUCAGGACCUGGAUGUGCGUAUAAUGAUUGACGCAGAACAGACCUACUUCCAGCCAGCCAUCUCUCGCAUCACUCUAGAGAUGAUGAACAAGUACAACAAAGAAAAGGCAAUAGUUUUCAACACAUAUCAGUGCUACUUGAGGGAGGCCCUCAAUGAAGUCACUACGGAUUUGGAACAGGCUAAGAGGCAGAACUUUUACUUUGGUGCAAAACUUGUGCGAGGGGCUUACAUUGAUCAGGAAAGAGCGCGGGCUGCUGCUCUGGGUUACCCGGACCCGACCAAUCCAACAUAUGAAGCGACCACGGAUAUGUACCAUCGCACUCUCACUGAGUGUCUGAGGCGCAUCAAGCAGCUCAAGGAGAAGGGACUUCCUCCCAACAAGAUCGGCAUCAUGGUGGCGUCCCACAACGAGGACACUGUACGCUUCGCUAUAGAAAAAAUGAAGGAGAUUGGAAUCUCCCCAGAAGAUAAAGUGAUUUGCUUUGGCCAGCUUCUUGGAAUGUGCGACUACAUCACUUUCCCAUUGGGUCAGGCUGGCUAUUCCGCUUACAAAUACAUCCCUUAUGGCCCUGUCAAUGAAGUCUUGCCCUACCUGUCCCGACGUGCUCAAGAAAACAAGGGCGUGCUCAAGAAGAUUCAGAAGGAGAAGAGAUUGCUGUUGAAGGAACUGGUUAGGCGUGUAUUGAAGGGAAAAAUAUUCUACGACCCGAGAGGAGAAUAUCAGCCCGUCUGAAUCCCUACCCUCCCUUUGUUGGCUUAGAAUCGAUAAAUGGAAUCUAUUUGUUGUUGUUAUUGUUAAAUUAGCUUUGUAAAUUAUUUAAUUUAUAAAGUAAAAUGCAUUCGAGUCGUGCAUUUCCGAGGCGGUAGAUUCCAAAAAAUAGUCCCGAUUCUAUAAUUCUUCUUUUAUCAAUUUUUUCAAAAAUGCCGAUUUAGUACAAAUUUGACUUUUGUCAGCCUUCAGGAAAAUGCUACUUAAGUAAGUUCCUUUUUAUUACUUUACAUUUCAAUACCGUUUUGUUUCUGCCGGUAGAACAGAACGACACUAAUAACGACACUUUAAGUUUGUUCGGUUGUUUUAUCGUAGUGAAAGCAUUUUAGUUAUCGCUAGCACAAACUCUAGUUCGGUCAGCCGAUAAUCACACGCUGUGAUCGUCAGGGUUUAGUAGUUUAAUUUAUACUACAUAUAUUUAUACGUAGGCUUUUUCCACCAAAGAUAAUUUUGCAAAUGCCACCUAAAGAUCAGAUAUCUGGUGUUGUAAAAAGGGAUGUAAGUACUUUUAGUGUUAGUCCUCACACCCUAGGCAGGUCUGUGUGAUGUAAUCUAAGCUCUGGCCUGUGGUAAAGUACCACAUUUUAACUGUGGACUACUAUUACGUCCGCAUUAGUUUUAGUUUAUAAAUGUUACAAAGGUCAAUGUAACUAUUUAGUAAUAGAUAGGAAGGGAGCCUGUCACAUACUUUUAUAAUUUAUUUUAGUACGUAAAUCGGAACUGUAGCUUGAUAUGAGUUCUUGUUUUAUAACUGCCCAGGGCCGUAUUGUAGGAUGACAUUCCACCUAGCGUAGAUCCCCCCCCCCCCCCAAAAUAAUGUAACUGAAUUCAAUAGCAAUAGCAAUACACCCGAAUAAAAUGUCUGUGUAGUAAUUUUUACUUCAUGUUACUGGGAUGUCGUUAUAAAGCAAGAGAGUUUGAGGGACAUGACGAUGUACAUUAUUGUGCUCCCUCGAUGAAAUUGUACAUAUAAGAUGGAGCUCUCGUUUCAGACAAUACUUAGAUUACGUAAUGUUAAGGUAAUAUGUAUCAUAAUCUCACUUAGCCACAAAUUCGUAAUUGAGUAUAGGAAAAAAGAUUAAGUAUGCUAUUUUACCAUUUAUUUUAUUUAUUGACUCUUCAAUCAUAUUUAUCUAAAUCAUAUUCUAAGUGUCUGGAGGCAGUAGUUGAUACAUUGUAUGUUUAUUGCUUUAUCUAGUCUGUUACCUUUAAAAUUGUAAUUUAUAUUCGGAAUCUCUAAAUAUUAUUUUAAGGAUUAAGGACCUGUAAGGUGUGGGGCAAAUAUACCAGACAGAGAUUAUAUUUUAUGGUGAUAACUUGUGUGCUUUAUCAAAUGAAUGAUUGUAACUAAAAUAAAGUGUCGUUACUAUU